AUGGAGCCCGUCGAGCCCCAUGGUGACUACAUGGAUGCUCUCCGCGCGCUUCUCGAGUGUCCGUCCAUCGACGUCAACGGUCGCUCUGCGGAGGCCAAUGGCGCGACGGCCUUGUUCUGUGCGUGCGAACGCGGCAACCGCAGCGUGGUGCGUGCGAUCGUCGAGCACCCGGACUGCGAUAUCAACGCGGCCGACAAUGAUGGCAACACGCCUUUGCACGCGGCCUCUCGAAAGGGUUUUCCCAUCAUGGUCUCGUACUUGCUGGCGCAGCAGCCACGGAUCAACAUCCUUGCUGAAAACAAGGAGGGCAUGACGGCAUUGCAAGUCGCAACCGCGCAUGCCAAGCGCGACGUGGCGGCACGAUUGUGCCUUGAACCAGCGCUCGUCGUACACGCCUUGACCAAUAAUGCCAAGUAG